AUGGCGAACGACUGGUGGAGCGAGUUCUCCAACAAUCUAGCUACUGAUCUAGCGCCGCUCAUUUCGCUAUUCGGAGAGGCACCUACGAAACAAUACCUGAGUGAAUGUUUGAACAUGACAGAUAUCAUCAUCUUUUCGAUGGCACCUUUGGGCAUCAUAACUAUAGUCGUAUCAGCAAUCCGUGUCUGUGGAACACCAUCCCUCAGAGCCUUCAUCGGACGAGCUCAAGAGGGAGCUGGCAAUGCUGAAGCCGAGCUUUGCUCGUCUACCAGUCGAGAAGUCUGUGAGCUUUAUAACAACGGAGGCAUCGCCCGGGUUUUUGGCCGCCCAAAGCUUCUAGAAAUUGUUCUCGACCCGAACGCCACAAAUGACGACUUUUAUCAAAAAGGACCCAAUGCUCAAGCCACCGCUGGAAUUUACUCCUUUAAAGAUUACCUGAAAAAGGAUAAACAAGAGUGGGAAGAAAUCGGCAAACCCGCCAGAGAUGAAGAGAAAGAGUCUAUGUCAGAUGAUGCCGAUACAGAGCGAGACUUUGCAAUAAAUCCAAAUCUUUCCCUAAACGUAGGGAUAAAACAAGGCACAAGGCUUUGGUUUACCGCAGCUGCUAUACUUGGGAUUCUUCUGCAGUCAAGUGUACUGGUCUGGGCUGCUAUUGCUAGGUAUAAAUUUAAUGAUGUGAAAAAAGACCUACAAGACGCCUAUGCCGUUCCGUUGACUGUUAUUGGCACCUUUUUCUUAUGCUCUGGAGCUGCUCUUUGCGCGUCUUUGAUUGAAAGCAGCACCAAGGAGCGAGUUUUUACAAGGAAAAUCAAGAAAGAUGGAUCAAAAGAGCGCUCUGCGUCCCAAGUGUACUGGGUCCAACCAGGCACUCAGUUUGUCGGCGAUCAGGCGUUCGACUCAUUUGCAUACACCCACCCAAAAGGUGGAUUCACCCCGAUACAUCACCUCCUGGAAGAUAGGGAAGAACGAACGCAAUGGGAUCUGGUCGGUUUCUUACUACAAUUUCUCGGCCUCAGAGCCUGUCAUUCGUCUGUGGCAGUUGCCCAGCUGGGAGUCACUCUUGUGAUGAGUGUGGUGCGCUCCAUGCUCCGCGCAAAUAGGAUAAGCGAGGAGGAAGUUUCUCUAGCACAUAAACCUGACCUUUACAAGGGGCAUGAGCUGGAUUGGCUCGCACUUAAUCUUGGAUCUGAACCUAAACCAAAUGAUGCUGAGCCUGAAUUCAAACCGGAGUGGACAGUUUCACCCGCUCCAUACCAUACAGCAGAUAUCUCCGAAAUAGGAUGGAAACUGCUUGGCCCGACCUCCUCCAUGGGGAACCAGCCCUUUCCAGAUGAACGCACCGAGUUUAGGAGGAUGUUUGUGGUUCAUGCCGGCAAUUGUAUAUUAUCUGGCUUUCGGUUAGACCGCGGUGAAUCCAUAAGACAACAAGGUAACACCAGCGAAUACCAGCAGCCUGAAGAUUGGUGGGAUUCCUGCUUGGAGGUAGACAAAGCAUGGCAAUCUAAUAUUAAAUUGGUACCGGAAAGAUGGCGAGCUGCUGUUCAAUCAAAAUUGGCCCUAGACAAAGUCACGGGGGUGCAGGAUGGAUUUGCAAAGGCCUUUAUGUAUAGAGCUCGGCUUGCCCGGUUGAGUGAUGGUUGGGAUGAGAAACUUGUCAGUGUCCGAAACGCCGCACGAAUAUUGGCGAUGGCUAUUGAGUCCACAAUGCACGUAAUCUCUACCACCGAUAUCCGCUUGGAGAAAGGAUGGAGCUCGGCGUUUACUUUGUUCUGGGCGAUCCAGUGUAAUUUGGGAGAAGACAAUACCAAUGGAAACAUAUACCUCUCACUGACUCGUGAAAUUGAUAAAAACGGGCACUCUGGAGGAGUAUGGCGCGUCAAUGAAUCUGAACUGGAAGCUGUCCUUGGUUUGUGGUUAUGGUCACUUCGAAGUAUGGGCACAAAGAUGCAGACACCUUUAAAGCGUAUACUUUCGGUAAAACCGCAUUCUGCUACCGGGAAAGACCCCACGGCUGACUUUAACCUCUGGCGUGAGGGUGGAAGCUCUAGCAUAGAGGAAACGGAUAUCGAACUGAACCAACAAACACGCCCGCUCUUUGGCCGGAAUAAUGUUCUUUUAAAGUACCAUACAAGCUGUACAGUUUUGGAGAUUGCAGCUGACACAAGAUCAUUGCCAAUCAUGUGUGCUCAGGAAAUCUAUUCCUUAUUUUUCUCCUCAAUAGUACAUGCCAUCAAGUCUAUCGGUGGAAAAACAGAUGUUCAAAGGAGUGACGGUAUCGGCCUUGCAAAUACAAAUAUCUCCAAAAUUCAAAAUUCUUUCAUGGAAAGCGGUUUGGGGUCAGUAGGAGAUGCUUUUACAUGUAUAUUCCCCGCUCUCAUACUUCAAGGAAAAUUACCUUUGAUUAUAGAGGCCUUGUCUACUGCUAAGGAAGCGGCAGAUAUAUACAUAAGUGAAGAGAGGUGGGAAGAAGCCGAAAAACUACUAUCGUGGGCACUGUCCCAUAGCCAACAGCCCAAGAUGACCUCGAAAGAAGAAAAAUAUCAGACAAAGGAAGAGCUGCUCAACCACCAGCGCCUUCUGACACUCUCCUUGUGCGAGUGUUACCGCAAAGCUAUGCUAAGUGGGGAAAUCGAAUUUUGCCUAAACGGUAUCAUUACGAUUCUCAACAAAUCUACUCUUAAUGAGCUGGAAAAAAUCUUAUUAAUUGCAAGAGACAAUCCUAAACAGGAAGAGAUUACGGAAUUAGGAGGACGGUCGGACAGAAGGGGAAAUGAAGACGGAAAGGCCCCUUUCACUCUUGCCGACGUAGUCAACUCCUAUGGCAUAGCUGUCAUCCGCAUUGUCUAUUCUAAGUUUAGAGAUAGGGUGGGGGGCUUCGAAAGCCGGAUAGAAACGUUAAGGUCAAUGCUAAACGAUCGAGGGAAGCCAGUUCAAAACAUUAGCCUCGAAAAUGUUGAUCAUAACACAACAACCAGAAGCAAACAGAAAGGAAUCCUCCUCUUCCAGGCAAUUCGUGAUUAUCAGUUAGAUGAUACGUUAUAUCUUCUAGAUAAAGAGUCUGCCAUUGAAGAUGGGGUAAGAGGAGGGAAAUCUCUUUCAUUUGCGACACAGCAUGGUUGGAGUCCCGUUGUUAAAUCUCUAGUAGACUACGGGGCUGCCUUUGAAUGGAACGCAAGUUAUGGGCAUGUCACCAUUAUGAAAAAACUUCUAAACGAUAGAAGGGUUGAUCCAAAAUUGAAAGAUAACGAUGGUAAGACGCCACUAUCUAUCGCGGCAGAGAAUGGGCAUAGAGAGGCUGUUGAACUAUUACUAUCUAUUGAAGGAGUGGAAGUUGAAUUUCUGGAUAAUCAUUUAAGGUCACCCCUUUCCUUGGCCGCAAUGAAUGGACACAGCGAUGUUGUUAAUUUACUAUUGACCGAACAAGGGGUAAUAGUAGACUCCACAGAUGAUAUUUCAAGGACGCCACUAUCCUAUGCGGCGGGGAAUGGCCAUAUUAGUGUGGUGAGGUUCCUACUAGCAGACAGAAGGAUUAGGCCAAAUUUAACGGACAAAGACGGCAAAUCAGCAUUAUCUUGGGCUGCAUGCAACGGGCAUGACGAAGUGGUAAAAUUACUACUAUCCUACAAAGAGAUAGAGCCAGAUAGUAGAGAUACUAUGGGAAGAACACCAUUUUUUAACGCAGCACAGUCCGGGCACUAUAAAGUGGUUGAAAUCUUGGGGAAGGAAAAGGGAGUAGAUGUGAAUUCAAGUGAUAUCCUGGAUGAUGUGCCGCUCUUUUUGGCGAAAUGGGUUAACUGUACUACAAAGUGCAGGAGACUGGACUUGAAUGCAGAAGGCCCCAUCGAUAAUACACCACUCUGCUGGGCAGCAAAAAUGCAGGAUCGAGAGGUGGCUGAAUUACUUAUAAAUGACUAUGGUGUGGACAUAAACGCAGGAGGUAAUGAUGGGAAUCCACUGGUACAAGCAGCGGAGCACUGCGACCUUCAGAUGAUGAAACUGCUACUCUCCAGGGAAGAAAUAAAGGUGGAUAUACCAGAUGAUGAAGGCCUUACAGCACUGCUACUUUCGGUUGCGCGUACAAGGCAUCCUGAUUCUUUCGAAGCAACUAGGUUGCUUCUUGAGAAGGGGGCAAAUGUAAAUGCCAAAACAAUCAUUGGAUGGACUUCUUUUCAUAUGGCGGCAGCCCAGGGUGUUAGACGAAUGUUUGAUAUGGUAUUUACAGCGGAAGGAUUGGAAUUGAACCCAGAAACAAGUGAUGGACUCACCCCAUUAGAUUUUGCUUUAAAUCAUGGAAGAGUUGAGAUUGCUGAGUUAAUGAAGAAAAAAGGUUGCAGACCCGGCUACGGAAAGAAGGAAGUACCCGCAGAAGAUGAAUCAUCUAUAUAA